AAAUAAAGUGAAUUUAAUAUUUGUUUAUUUGUUUGUUUUUUAAUUGUGAAACAACAUUUUCUACAUUACAUUUGAAUUAAGCAAAAUAUCAAAUCAAUUAAUAUAUUAUAUAUGGAAAAUUUUUGUGGCUCACAUUUUUGGGAUUGGGAUCUUUCCUGGAAUUCCCAUUCAUUACCGGAAUUUACUUAUUGUUUUGAAGAGACAAUUCUUGUAUGGAUUCCGUGUCUCUUAUUAUGGAUUCUGUCAUUCAUUGAUUUAUAUAAAAUCUAUUUCGAUAACAAUAGAAAACCCAAUCCAUAUACUGUAUUAUCAAUUACUAAAAUUAUAUUAUCAUUGGUUUUAUUAGCUAUAAGUUUGUUUGAAUUAAUUGUUUCWACAGUCAAAUACUUAAAUAAUGAUUAUUUUGUGUUUACCGUACACUUUGUCACACCAGUCAUUAAGUCCCUUACAUUUAUUUAUGUCGUAAUUUUAAAUCGUUUACAUCGAAAACAUGGUAUCCAUUCAUCGAGUGUUAUCUUUAUAUUUUGGUUUGUAUUGUCAAUUGGGUCCACAUUUACUUACCGGACAACUAUUCAUAGUCUUCAAAAUGAAAAAUACUUUAGCGGAUUAUUAGAUUCAUAUAGAUUUAUGGCUACAAUUUUGUAUUACCCCAUAGUUUUGAUUCAAUUAUUAUUUUCAUGUUUUUCUGACAUCUCUUAUGUCGAUAUUUUUGCCAAAAGAGAUCCGAAUAAGUGUCCGAAGGAAUCUGCAUCGUCUUUAUCUCGAUUGACAUUUUGGUGGUUCAAUUCAAUGAUAUUUAAAGGAUAUAAAAAGCCGCUCAACACUACCGACAUGUGGUCUCUAUCCCAUAAAAACCAAACAAAUUAUAUUUUGAGAAUCUUUGAUAAAAUAUGGAAUCCGGCCUUUGAAAAGGCUAAAGAUAAUGCCAUACAAAGGGCAGCACCGGGAGAGGCCAUCAUCACUGAGAUAAGCAUUUUGAACACUAUUAUUAAGACAUUUUGGCCGGGGAUGCUAUUAGCGGCAUUGAUCCGAUUGGUGGCCAGUUCUCUGACAUUUGUAAAUCCAAUGGUUUUGGAUUUGUUGAUAAAUUUUAUGGCACCAAAUAGUACUGAACCCGAAUGGAGGGGCUAUCUGUACGCUACACUUAUGUUGAUAUCACCGAUGUUUGAAUCACUUCUUAAUAGUCAAUAYGAGUAUAGGAUUAAUGCCAUUAGUAUGAGAAUCAGAUCAUGUGUUAUAUCGACUAUUUAUAAAAAGAGUUUGAAACUGUCGAGCUCUGGACGUAAAGACUUUACCACCGGUGAGAUCGUUAAUUUAAUGUCAGUGGACUCACAACGUAUUGUUGAGUUUGUAAAUAUGGUUAACCAUCUCUGGUCGGCACCAUUUCAGAUCAUUUUGGGAUUAGUUUUAUUAUGGCAACAGUUAGGUGUGGCCACACUGGCAGGUAUUGGACUAAUGUUGGUUUUAGUGCCAUUCAAUGCCUACAUCACCACAAAGAUGAGGUUCGUUCAAACGUCGAUUAUGAAGGAAAAAGAUAAAAGAGUGAAACUGAUGAAUGAAAUACUAAACGGCAUUAAAGUAUUAAAACUGUACGCAUGGGAGACAUCGUUCAGRGAUCUGGUGAUGAACUUCCGGAAGAAAGAGUGUAUUGCAUUGAAAUCAUUAGCUUAUCUGAACGCAGCCAUGGUUUUCGUAUUUAGUUCGGCGCCAUUUUUUGUCGGUUUGUUCAGUUUUGCCGCAUUUGUGCUCAUAUCCGACGACAAUAUAUUGGACGCUAAUAAAGCAUUUGUGUCGUUGUCUCUCUUUAACAUAAUCAGAAUACCUUUGGGAUAUUUACCUUUAAUAUUAUCAAUGGGUGCAAUGUUUUUAGUUUCGAUUAACAGAAUUGACAAAUACUUGAAUGCCGACGAAAUUGAYUUAAAAGCUAUAACCCAUAAAUCGGAAGUGAAAUAUCCGGUGAUCAUCGAGAAUGGUGUCUUCAGUUGGGCUAAAGGCGAUAAUCCUGUGCUAAGAAAUAUUAAUUUACGCGCGACAAACAAAAAACUUGUAGCUGUAGUGGGACAGGUAGGGUCUGGGAAGUCAUCGCUAUUGUCAGCAAUAUUGGGUGAUAUGGAGAAAUUGAAGGGAACUGUUAAUACAAAGGGUAGUAUCGCUUAYGUACCACAACAGGCAUGGAUUCAAAAUGAGACGCUCAGACAGAAUAUUCUGUUUGCCAAACAUUACAAUGAAAUGAAUUAUAAUCGGGUUCUCGAGGCCUGUGCUCUGGAGGCAGAUAUGAAAGUAUUGGCCGCCGGAGACAUGACUGAAAUAGGAGAGAAAGGCAUUAAUUUAUCGGGCGGUCAAAAACAGAGAGUAUCGUUAGCCAGAGCUGUAUAUGCAAAUGCAGACAUCUAUUUAUUAGACGACCCGCUCAGUGCUGUGGACGCACAUGUAGGUCGACAUUUGUUUGACAGAGUAAUUGGUCCCAAAGGUAUACUCAGUAAUAAGACACGCAUUUUGGUCACACAUAGAGUAUCAAUGUUGCCAUUUGUCGACCAAAUCAUUGUUCUCAAUGAGGGAACAAUUUCAGAAAUUGGAACUUUUGAUGAAUUGGUAUCAAAUAAAGGAGAUUUUGCUAAUUUUGUGGCCGAAUAUAUAGUGGAACAGAAAGAUGAUGACAUACAUGAAGAUGAUGUACAACUCAUUGAAGAGAUCGCUGAAAAAGUUAAGCCAAUUCUUGAGAGAAAUCUUUCGUAUACCGAAUCAUUGACCCAACCGUCCGAAACAAGUGAUUAUUCAAAGAAAAARUCAUAUUAUAGAUCAACGAGUCGUAUAAGUAGUCACGGAAAGUCAUCUUCAGAUAGACCUGAAACCAUAAAAGAAGAAAACAAAGGCCGACCCAAUCGAAUGGGACGUCUGAUUGAAUCUGAGUCCAGCGAAACGGGAUCCGUUAAAAUCGAUGUCUACAAAAAGUAUAUGAAAACAAUUGGAUUUGUUUUAUGUUCGGGUAUUAUAUUUUCAUUUAUCGCCUCCAAUGUCGCACAAGUAUUAUCCGGUCUUUGGUUGAGUGAGUGGUCUAAUGAUUCACUCGAUCCCAAAACAAGGGGUAAUUACGGUCUCCGGGAUUUACGGUUAGGUGUUUACGGAGCCUUCGGUUUCGUCGAAGCUUUUUUCUCGUUGACGGCCAGUAUUAGUCUAAAUUUGGCCUGUAUUAGGGCCGCAAAGAUUAUGCACAACGAUAUGAUUAAACGCAUCAUAAGAGCGCCCAUGUCUUUCUUUGACACGACACCAAUUGGAAGAAUAUUGAAUCGUUUCUCCAAAGACAUUGAUACCGCAGACAUGUCUUUAUUAUUUAACUUACGAAUGAUGAUAAUGCAGUUUUUCAGAACAAUUGUAGCCUUUUCUAUGAUAAGUUUGGAAACACCUAUUGUUUUAGUGGCUAUAUUACCGCUGGCUGUCGUAUAUUAUAUGAUUCAACGCAUUUAUAUCUCCAGUUCCCGUCAAUUAAAACGAAUCGACUCAACCACUCGAUCACCAAUUUAUAAUCAUUUCAGCGAAACAGUAAACGGAUCGUCAAGUAUUAGGGCCUACGGAGUGACAGAAAAGUUUAUACAAGAGUUCAACGGACGGGUCGACGAUAAUCACAUUUGUUAUUAUCCGAGUUUUACGGCCUCGCGUUGGCUCGCUAUUAGACUCGAGUUUUUAGGCUAUUGUAUUGUAUUUAUUGCGGCAGUAUUUGCUGUAUUGGCCAGACAUUCGUUAAGUCCUGGAUUGGCCGGUCUGGCCAUUAGUUAUUCAUUAAAUAUAACAUCCAUUUUAGGAAUGUUUGUCCGAUCGGCCACUGAUCUCGAAACUAAUAUUGUUUCCGUUGAGAGGUGUCUUGAAUAUACAGAAACGCCAACCGAAGCCGAUUGGUAUAAUGAAGUGACAAAACCUAAUAUAAAUUGGCCGGAAAAGGGAGAAAUACAUUUCAAUAAUUAUAGCACACGAUAUCGGGAUGGUUUGGAUUUAGUAUUAAGAAAGAUUGUAUUGGAUAUCAAUUCGGGAGAAAAAGUUGGAAUAGUUGGCCGCACGGGUGCCGGCAAAUCAUCACUAACUUUAGCCCUGUUUCGACUCAUUGAACCGGUCGAGGGAACCAUUUUCAUAGAUAACGUUGAUAUCAGAAAAUUAGGUUUAUAUGACUUGAGAUCAAGGAUUACAAUCAUACCUCAAGAUCCCGCACUUUUUACCGGAACAUUACGUCUCAAUUUGGAUCCAUUUAAUCAAUACUCUGAUAAUGAAAUUUGGAGAGCAUUAGAGUCGGCACAUCUCAAGACUUUUGUCGACAGUUUGGAUAAAGGAUUAAGUUAUCAGAUAUCAGAAGGAGGAGAAAACUUAAGUGUCGGACAAAAACAAUUGGUUUGUUUGGCGAGAGCUUUGUUGAGGAGGACUAAGAUCCUAGUCUUGGAUGAGGCGACAGCCGCUAUUGAUAUGGAAACGGAUGACUUGAUUCAAGAAACAAUUAGAAAGGAGUUUGAGUCGUCAACUAUUGUAACGAUUGCCCACCGAUUGAAUACAAUCAUWGAUUACGACAGAGUACUGGUUAUGGAUAAGGGAUCGGUAGCUGAGUUUGACAGUCCUAACAAUCUAUUAGCAAACACUAGCUCUAUAUUUUACUCAAUGGCUAAAGAAGCAAACCUUGUAUCCUAA